AUGGAGCUACACAGCUUGCAAGAGGCGUUAAAAGUGGAAAUCCAAUGUCAUCAGAAACUAGUUGCACAGAUGAAGCAAGAUCCACAGAACGGGGAUCUUAAGAAACAAAUCCAUGAAAGGCAAUCAAGAAUAGCAGCUCUUAAUGAGAAACAAAAGCUGGCGGUGCGGAGCUGCCCCGCGGCCGUGCUGGUGGGCAGCGGCGCCAGCGGCAGCGCCAAGCCCGGCGGCGUCCCGGCGCUCCUCAAGGCACCCGGCGGCGGCGGCGGCGGCGGCGGGAGCCCCAGCGGCAGCCCCGGGCAGAGCCUGGCCAUCUCCGUCCUGCCGGCCAAGGCUCCCAUCGCGAUGGUGACGGCGCACCUCAACGGCGGGCUGGGCUGCGGCGCCGCGGGCGUGGAGCCCCCGCAGAGCGCCCCCAUCAACCUGCAGACCACGGCCAAGCUGGUCGGCGCCCGCCGGCCGCCCGAGCUCGGCUCCAACGCCCAGACUUUGGGAACUAUCACUGCAGUGCCCAUUAAGGUUCCUCAGGUCAGCUCCUUGCAGAGGUUGGCAGGACAAGGACCAGCAGUGCUACCUCAGGUUAGGCCAAAGACCCUGAUUCCAGACAGCCUCCCUAUCUCCCCGUGCAGAGACCAACCUUCCAAGCAGCCUCCUACCUUCCAGAAGGCAACCGUAGUCAGCAUCAAAAACCCCAGCCCUGCCCUCCCGACUGCCAAUAACACCGUCAGCCAUGUACAGACGCCUAACAGCCAGUCACAAAGUGUCACCGAGUCUACAGCUAUUUCAUCACCUCUGAGCAGUGCAGGUGUGGCGUACGCCAUCAUUUCCACCUCCCCCAACAAUGCAACUCCUAUCAGCACCAGCGCGACUGUCUCUGUGGUCAACGAUAGCAUUAAAGUGCAACCACUCCUCAUUAGUGCCGACAGCAAGGUUAUCAUUAUUCAGCCUCAAGUCCAAACCCAGACAGAAAGUAAAGUGGAGACAAAGAAACCUCCUGAAGAGUCAGCUCAGGGACCCCCUGCUACCAAAAAGAAAAAGGAGGAAAAUCCGGAGAAAAUUGCCUUCAUGGUAGCAUUAGGACUGGUUACAACAGAACAUUUGGAAGAAAUCCAGAGCAAGCGUCAGGAAAGAAAGAGAAGAAGCACAGCAAAUCCAGCCUACAGUGGACUCUUGGAAACAGAGCGGAAACGCCUUGCAUCAAAUUAUUUUAAUAACCCCUUGUUCCUUUCAACAAGAGCAAAUGAGGAUCCAUUCUGGAAGAAUGAGAUCCACCAUGAUGAACACUGCACUGCUUGCAAGCGUGGCGUUAACUUGCAGCCCUGUGGCACGUGUCCCAGAGCAUAUCACCUCAACUGCUUGGACCCGCCCCUCAAAACUGCCCCCAAGGGGGUUUGGGUCUGUCCAAAGUGCCAACAGAAGGUGUUAAAGAAAGAUGACAAUGUGCCAUGGACUGGAACUCUGGCUAUUGUUCACUCCUAUGUUACUCAUAAAACAGUCAAAGAAGAAGAGAAGCGAAAGUUAUUAAAGAGAAGCAGUGAGUUGAAGAGUGAGCAUAGACAGUUAGAAGAAAAAGAUCGACUUCUCAACAAUGCAGUGAAGAAAUGCUUAGAGCUAAAAACCAGCCUGUUGGCCCAGCAGAAAGGGACUCAGUCAUCACUGGAACGUCUCAAAACCCUCAUUAGACUGAUACAAAACGAGCAGAUGAUUCAGGUUACCAUGACGACCACCACCACCUCCUCCCUGCUAACUGUCCCCUGGAUCAAACCCUCCCCUGCCUCCGCUGCCAUGCACAAAGCCUUGCAGCAAUCACAGGGUAACAACUGA